UUUGAGGAUGCAUGUAAGUACGGUAGGUACUGGCUUGGUUCGCCAUUUAAAAUUACCUGAAUUUUUAAUUUUCUUUAUCUUUUUUGAGAAAGAAAUGAAGAUAUUUUCUAAUAAGAAUGCAUUAAUCAGGUAGCUUCCUGUCAGUGGUGGUGAUUUCUUUACGGUUAAUACAAACCCUUUUUAGGAGUGUGGUUGGAGUUGUGUUCAAGCAAUAAAAUUCAAUUGGAGGUCAAAUGUAUAAGAGAUUUGGUUCUCUUUAAAUUCCAAUUAAAUGGAAUGUGGAUUUGUGCAAGCUGAAGGAACUCCUGCUUUGUGUAGUUCGCCCUUUUUUUUUCCUUGUAUAAUUUAUGACUUUUGAAUGUACGUUUUGAUGGCCAUUUUGACGAAUUGCCAGAAACUAAAGGGCUUUUGUUAUUUCCACAGGUUUUUUGCCUUUUGAGAUAAGCUGGUUAAGAUGGCGGGAGGAAUUGAUGCUGCUGCACCGCUUGAUUAUGUUGAAUUUCAGAUUUUUCCAAGUGAAAACAGGUACGAGGCAUGUGUAUGUGGUGGCAACAAAUUAGAAACAUUGGCAUCUGGACUUCUCGAACAACUUGUGCUACAUUUUCCCGAAGUAAAAGAUUUGGACUCAAAAGGAUCCAAUUGUAAUUUCAAAUUUCAGCACCCUGAUAAUGUUUCUGGUGCUGAAUGGUUCACAAAAUCUACUUUAACGAGAUUUCUAUGUAUUGUUUGCUCACCCGACAAACUUAAUAUCGGCAAUUAUAUUGUAAAUGAGAUAUCUCAACUAGAGGAAGCCAGGAGAUUUCAUCUGUCCUUAUAUACAAAGGAUGAAGUGGAUAUUGCACCGUCUGAUGCAUCAAAAAAUGAACUGCUACGAGCGAUGGACUUAAGGCUCACUGCUUUAAGAGAGGAAUUGGCUGCUGCUAUUAACCAAGCUGCUGGUGCCACCUGCUCUCUUAAGGAGAUCACUGACUUGGAAAAACUUUCUCAUCAUUUUGGAGCCUUAGAUUUAAGGAAUUCUUUGUGCAAGUUAGUAGAACUGAGCCAAAAGAGCCAGAAUGUGGAUUUUCCAAGUGACGACAAGCCUCUGUUGACAAAUGAUUCAAGGAAUGACAGAGUCAGUAAAACAAAUGGGGGUGCUCAGAUGUCCAAAGAACCACAAUCUGAUACACCGGUAAAAUAUGGCGUCUCUCCUGCAAAAGUUGCCCAGGUUGAGAGACAAAACUCAUCGGAAAGCGAGGAAUCUUCUUACUCGAGUGAGGAGGAUCAACCAUCUGUUGAAAGGAGUAGGACUCUUAUAAGAUCUGCAUCACCUAGAAGGUCAGCAUCUCCAAUGCGGAGGAUCCAAAUUGGGAGAUCUGGAUCACGUAGGGCCACUGCACUAACUAUCAAGAGCCUCAAUUUUAUUCCUGCUAGGGAAAGGGUAGCGUCUCACAGAGAUGCUGCUGCAAACAGCAGUGAAGAGGAAGGAUCUGAGCAACCCCCAAAAAACCUGAGACCAAUGUACGGAGAAUGA